AAUGAAAUUCGUUGAUUCUAAAAUUAGAACAAUGACAUAAUAGUCAAAACAAGAUGAUAAAACUAUUGUUGAUAAAUGUAUUGACCCAAUUUGGAAGUCUUAAAUAACGUCUAAAAAAAUACCAAGUGAUUUAUCAAAAAUAAAACAAUCAAAAGCUUGAUGUUUUGAAGAAAAUUUAAUAAAAAUAAAAAUGGAUACACCACAAACACCAAUAACACCAAUAAAUAAUUUAUUUAAUUUAUUCAGUGCUGAACAUGAAAAUGCAUUAAAACAAGGUAUUUACAAUGGCAUUGGAUUAUUUAUAUUGAGUAUUGUUUGUGUAGCAAGUUAUGCUCUUUAUAUCAUCUUGUUACCAUUUGUUAAACCAUUAAUUUGGGCAUUACUAUGUGGAAGUGUACUAUUUCCAGUUAAAUUAUACAUAACAAAUACAGUACAAUCAUGGUUCAAAGACAUGGAUGAUUAUCAUGAACCAUUGUUGGUUAAUUUAACAAUAGUACCAUUGAGAAUUAUUGACAAUUUAUCAGAAUGUUUAGGUAAAUUUGUUCAUCAAAAAAUUAAAUAUGUUGGAAUGUUCUUUUCAAUUAUUGGAGUUAUGAUAUUAUUUUAUUGGUAUACACCUGGAUUUUUCAUAACAAUUGUCUGGAAUUUAUUUCAAUUUGGAAUUGAAUUUAUUGUAUUUAUAAUCAACAAUUGUAAUAUUUAUUUGAUUUUUACAAUAACUGUUGGUUAUGUUAUUGUACUUUUAAUCUAUUGGAAACCAAAUAAUUCAUCAACAUUUAAUAAAAUAUCAUUAAUCAUUUGGUCAAUAUUUAGUUUAUAUUUAUCAAAUGUAUUUGGUAUUUAUCAAGUUGCUGUAUUUUUAACUUUGCAAGUAUUUUUCAUCAUUGGAUUUGUAUAUGAAGUAAUAUUAAUAAUGGAAAAUGAAGAAAUAAAUAUUGUUGAAGCUGUACAAUUGAUUAUAUUUGGUUCUGUUACAUCUGAUGAUUGUAAAAAUUCAUCAUCAGAUGAUGAUAAAGAUAAACAAGAUAUUGAAGAUGAAAAAAUUGAUAAAUUUAUUGAUGAAUCAUCAGUACCAACAUCAACACCAAAUGACAAUAUAACACAAUUAAAUAAAAAUAAAUUAAGCUCAAUACGUAGAUCAAUGUCAAUGGAUUAUGGAAGACAACCAAGUUCAUUAAAAACAAAAAGACUUAAUAAAAAAUCAUACAUACAAAAUCCAAGAAUAAUAAUACGUGAUAGAAAUAUAUUACGUAAAAUUCGAAAUGAAUUAUCAUUAGAUUUAAAUGAUGAUAAUGUUGAUACUGGAAAAUAUAUGUAUGGUGCAAUGUGGGCAUGUACUGGUAUGUUACUUUGGAAACAAAAAUGGAUAUUAGCAUUUUUAAUAAUACCAAUUGUAUGGUACAUAAUAAAACAAACAAGUCGUUCAUUUGGUUUAUCAAAAAUUAUUAAAAAUCAAUUAAAGCCAAUGAUUGAAUACGUAAAAAAAUGGUAUGAUCAAAGACAAGAUGCAAUUUUACCAAUUCACAUUAGAGGAAUUUACAAAUUAUAUAUUAUUAUUGAUAAAAAAUUACGUGAUGUAUUAAAAGGUUCAGUUGAUGCUGUUGCAACAAUAAUUGUUAUAUUUGGUCUGAUAAUAUUUUUAUUUUGUUCAUCGAUAUUUAUAAUAAUACAAAUAUAUGGUGAAGGAAUGCAUUUGAUACAAGUUACUGGUGAAAUAUUAAAUUCAACACUUGUUAAUAAUCCAGAUAUUGAUUGGUUACCACAACAAUGGGAAGAAUCAGUUAAUAGUUUACUUGAUAAUGCAUAUACAUAUGGAAGAACAGCAAUAUCAGAUGGUAUCAAGGGACUUGUUAAAGAUAUGGAACAUACAAAAGCUGAAAUAAUUGAAAAAAAAGUUAUUGAAUUAUGGGAUAGAUUAUAUCAAGCAUGGAUGCAAUCAACUGAACCAGAUGAUUUAAUUGGACCAACUGUUGAUGUAUCAGCAGCAGCAACUGUAUGGCAAAGUUUAAUUGAAAAUUAUAAUAAAAUACCAGGUGUAUUUAAUAUGAGUAGUUUACAAAAUUUUGCUAAAGAUAAUAUUGGUAUAUUAUUGUCUGUUCUUGAUUCUGUAUUACGUAUUAUCAAAGGUAACAUGUCAAUUGUCAUGAGUAUAUUUAGCGAGCUUAUGUAUGUUGUAUUAAUAAGUGGAUCAGUACUUUUGAAUUUUACACUUAGUACUGUUGUUUUUUUUACAACAUUAUUUUAUUUAUUGAGCUCGAGUAAUAAAAUUUAUAAACCAAUUGAACUUGUUGGUGUCUUUAGUCCAAUUAGCUGCAACAGCAUGGAUAAUAAUUUUGGAGGUUUUGCAAAUGCAUUGCAACAAUCAGUUAAUGGUGUAUUUGCAGCGACAUUUAAAUUGGCAUCAUUUUUUGGAAUGUGGACAUGGUUUAUUCAUAAUUUAUUUGAAGUUAAAAUUGUAUAUUUACCAUCAGCAUUUGCAUCUGUACUUGCAGCAGUACCAUUUCUUGAUGCAUAUUUUGCAUGUAUACCAGCAACAAUUGAACUUUGGUUUACCAGGGGUCCAAUGAUUGCUGUGUUAUUUUUUAUAUUUCAUUUUUUACCAUGUAAUAUUGUCAUUACUGAUUUCUACAAGGAAAUAAAAAGUGGGGGACAUCCAUAUUUAACAGGCCUAUCCAUUGCAGGUGGUAUAUUCUGUCUAGGAGUUGAAGGUGCUAUUUUUGGACCUCUACUUUUGUGCUGUAUCAUGGUUGUGAUUAAUUUAAGUCGUAAAUAUAUGCAAUCAGUUAAUGUUGAUAAUUAUGAUGCACUUGCAUCAACAUUUAAUCAACCAUCUUUUACAAAUUAAUAUUUAAAAUUUACAUAUUUUUUAAUAAUUUGCAACAAAUAAAUAGCAUCAAUGUCAUCAUCAAACCGUCCAAAAAAUAUUGCGCUUCUUUCAACAAUAAUUAAAUUAUUUUUCUAUAAAAUUAAUCCAACAAAUUAAUCUAAUAAUUAAAUUUUUUUAUUGUUUUUUUAUUUUUUUUCUAGUCAGUUUAAAAAAAAAAUAAAAAAUGCCAAUCAAGUAAAAUUAAAUUUUGUUUUUUUUUUCAUUAUUUAUUUAUUUAUUUUGUAAAUAAAUAAAUAAAUAUUAUUAUUAUUACUAUUUUUCGAAUGUUUAAAAUGUCAUUUUAUUGAGAAAAUUUUUUGUAAAAUAUUUUGUAGAUUAAUUAUUAAAUUUGGUUAUUAUUUGUUUAAUAAAAAAAAAAAAAAAAAUUCAAUUCAAAAUGUUAAAUUUAA